AUGGCUGGAGAAAAUGACUGGAGGAAAACGGCGGAUACAACGAAGAUGAGUCCGGAAGGAGUGAAAGCUGCGGGGGUUGAAUCAUCGAAGAGGCCACCAGGGAGUAAUCCCGGUGGUGUUCUCCACCAACGCCGUAACUUGCCAUACAGUUACACCACCAUGGCUAUCGCUGGAUUAGCUAUAUCCGGUGCAGUCAUGUACACUGUUAUGUAUGCUAAGAAAAAGCCUGAGGCUAGUGCCACUGAUGUAGCUAAAGUGGCCACAGGGACGGCUAAACCGGAAGAUACACAUCCAAGAAAAUAA